AUGGAGGAAGCCAUAGAAUUUAUCAAUGAGAAGCUAUUUACCGAGGAGAAACCUGUACUUUUCACAGACUUAAUACACAAAUUCCACAUUGGUCCCUCCAGGGCCAAGAAAACCAUGUAUGCCUAUUACAGAUCCAAUAAGACACUGAAGUACAAUUGUAUCAUUGUAUGCUGCUACAAGGACAGGAUAAAAGUAGUGCACGAUGUGAACCAUGUGGAUAGUCAAGAAUCACUGAUUGAUUGUUUUAUCUAUGCAUUUAACCCUAUGGAGGAAUUUAUACCUGUUAAUCUAGCCGUUGAUCAAAGGGAAUACCUUUCUAUACUGAAUCCCCAUAAACUAGUACUGCCUGAACUUAGAUCAAAGACUGUAGAGGAAGAAACAACCAUUAAAGCAGUACCAAAGCCAUCAGCCAGAUCGAAAACCGUUCCUCAGACAACUAAGGAUGAAAAGCCCAAGCCAGUACCGCCAAAGAAACAGCAACAACCUGCAAAAUCCAAAGAUGGUGCUCUAAAAUCUACUGCACUUUUAGCCAAGAUGAGAGCUGAUAGAGAGGCUAAAGAGGCUCAAAGACAGAAGGAACUGGCACAGAGAAGGGAAAAGGAAUUACAAGAAAAGAAAUCCAAGAACGACGCCCAGAUGAAAGAAUUGAACCAGAUGUUUGUUGACGAUAGUGAUGAAGAUGAUGGAAACGAUGAUAACCAGCGACAAGAAAGUGAGAAACCAACUUCAACGGUAGAACCGGACGAAUUGGAAGAAAUCUUAGACAGUACAGCAGAGGAAUCACUACUAAAGCAAAGUCAGAGCCAAGACGAACAACCAAAAGUGAAACAGGAACCACAAGACACUUCAUACGUGGACGAAGAUGGAUACAUAGUGACAAAUCGCCCGGCAAACAAUUCAUCAACUUCUACUCCAUCUCAGUCGAGAAAAAGACCCGGAAAUUCUACACCGAUUUCACACCAACAAGCAAAGAAACCAGCUCCACGCAAGAAAACCCAGGGAACUUUGGAGAGCUUCUUCAAGAAGUCUAAAUAA